UUGUGCCACGGUCGCUGGGAGUGGUGGGGGUCACGCCCCGCGCCGGGAGAGCCAUGCAGGCCCAUGGCUGUGUCAGUCUGCAACACUGCCUUAUCCCCCAGGAUGAGCUGACGGCCCUGAACGUGAAGCAGGGCUUCAACAACCAGCCGGCCGUGUCUGGCGAUGAGCAUGGCAGUGCCAAGAACGUCAACUUCAACCCUGCCAAGAUCAGCUCCAAUUUCAGCAGCAUUAUCGCAGAGAAGCUGCGCUGCAACACGCUGCCAGACACGGGAAGGCGGAAGCCUCAGGUGAACCAGAAGGAUAACUUCUGGCUGGUGACGGCGCGCUCUCAGAGCGCUAUAAACAACUGGUUCACGGACCUGGCUGGGACUAAGCCCCUUACUCACCUGGCUAAAAAGGUGCCCAUCUUUAGUAAGAAGGAGGAGGUCUUUGGCUACUUGGCAAAAUACACUGUUCCAGUAAUGCGCGCAGCCUGGCUGAUCAAAAUGACUUGUGCCUACUAUGCUGCCAUCACGGAAACCAAGGUGAAAAAGCGACAUGUCAUCGAUCCCUUUAUUGAGUGGACCCAGAUCAUCACCAAGUACCUGUCAGAGCAGCUGCAGAAGAUUGCUGAGUUCUAUAGGCAGCUUCCAGGGCAGGGCUGCGGGUCGCCGUCAGGGCCCAUGCCACAGGAGGUGGAGCAGGCUCUGAAGCAGUGGGACUACAAUGAGAAACUGGCCAUGUUCAUGUUCCAGGAUGGGAUGCUGGACCGCCAUGAGUUCCUGACCUGGGUGCUUGAGUGCUUCGAGAAGAUACGAUCUGGGGAAGAUGAGUUCCUGAAAAUGCUUUUGCCCCUGCUGCUGCGGUACUCUGGUGAGUUUGUGCAGUCUGCCUACCUGUCCAGGCGCCUGGCCUACUUCUGCACGCGCCGGCUCGCCAUGCAGCUCGACGGGGCGGGGGGGCACCCACCCCACAUCCUCUCCACGCAGACGGGAAACGCCCUCCCUUCCACUCCUACCCCUCAGCCGGCGACUGGCAACCCUCCCCCCAGCCCCUUCAGUGACCUGCUGCUCUGCCCCCAGCACCGCCCCGUGGUGUACGGCCUCAGCUGCAUCCUGCAGAGCAUCAUCCUGUGCUGCCCAAGUGCCCUGGUCUGGCAUUACUCUUUGACUGACAGUAGGAUAAAGACUGGCUCUCCCCUGGACCAUCUGCCUAUUGCCCCCUCCAACCUGCCCAUGCCUGGGGGCACGUCAGCCUUCACGCAGCAGGUUCGGGCCAAGCUACGGGAGAUCGAGCAGCAGAUAAAAGAGCGUGGCCAGGCGGUGGAGGUCCGCUGGUCAUUUGACAAGUGCCAGGAGACCACUGCAGGAUUCACUAUUGGUCGUGUCCUGCACACCUUAGAAGUUCUGGACAGUCAUAGCUUUGAGAGAUCCGACUUCAGCAACUCUCUGGAUUCCUUGUACAACAGGAUAUUUGGGCUGGGACCAAGCAAAGACAGUCAUGAGAUCUCCCCUGAUGAUGAUGCAGUAGUGGCCUUGCUGUGUGAGUGGGCAGUCAGCUACAAGCGCUCUGGUCGCCACCGGGCCAUGGUGGUGGCCAAGCUGCUGGAGAAACGUCAAGCAGAGAUCGAGGCUGAGAGGUGUGGGGAUUCCGAAGUUGUGGAUGAGAAGGGCUCCAUCUCGUCAGGCUCACUCUCGGCAGCCAGUGCCCCUGUCUUCCAGGACGUCCUCAUGCAGUUCCUGGACACUCAGGCUCCUAUGCUAACGGACCCCGGAAACGAGAACGAGAAGGUGGAGUUCUUCAACCUGGUGCUACUGUUCUGCGAGCUGAUUCGGCAUGACGUCUUCUCCCACAACAUCUACAUGUGCACGCUCAUCUCCCGCGGCGACCUCGCCAUGGACUCGCAUGGGCCCCGGCCCCCUUCGCCCUUUGACGAUCCUGCUGAGGACCAUGACAGGAAGGAGGCAGAAGGCAGCAGCGGCAUCAAGCUGGAGGAUACUGGCCUCUCUGAGUCCAUGGACAUUGACCACAACUCCAGUGUGCUGUUUGAUGACAUGGAGAAGACAGACUUCUCGAUGUUCUCUCCUCCAAUGCACUGUGAAUCCAAGGCCAGCCCUUCUCCAGAGAAGCCAGACCCUGAGAAGGAAGCCAAGCCCCUGCUGAAGGAGAAGUGUGCAGAAGGAACGCUUGCAUCCCUGUAUGAUCAACCCCGGCACAUCCAGUAUGCAACCCACUUUCCCAUCCCUCAGGAGGAGUCGUGCAGUCACGAAUGUAACCAGCGGCUGGUGGUCUUGUUUGGGGUGGGUAAGCAGCGCGACGAUGCCCGACAUGCCAUCAAGAAAAUAACCAAAGACAUUCUGAAGGUGUUAAACAGGAAGAGCACUGCAGAGACAAGCGGGGAGGAAGGCCAGAAGAGGAAGAGGAGCAAGCCAGAAGCAUUUCCAACAGCUGAGGAUAUCUUUGCUAAGUUCCAGCACCUUUCUCACUUUGACCAGCACCAAGUCACCUCUCAGGUAUCUCGCAAUGUCUUGGAGCAGAUCACCAGUUUUGCCUUGGGGAUGUCGUACCACCUGCCUCUUGUGCAGCACGUGCAGUUUAUCUUUGACCUGAUGGAGUAUUCCCUCAACAUCAGUGGCCUCAUCGACUUUGCCAUCCAGCUGCUGAACGAGCUGAGCGUGGUGGAGGCAGAGCUGCUGCUGAAAUCCUCCGACCUGGUUGGCAGCUACACCACCAGCCUGUGCCUGUGCAUCGUGGCUGUGCUGCGGCACUACCACUCCUGCCUCAUCCUCAACCAGGACCAGAUGGCCCAGGUCUUUGAAGGUCUGUGUGGGGUGGUGAAGCACGGCAUGAAACGCUCAGACGGCUCUUCUGCGGAGCGCUGCAUUCUGGCCUACCUCUACGACCUGUACACCUCCUGCAGCCACCUCAAAAGCAAAUUUGGGGAGCUCUUCAGUGACUUCUGCUCCAAGGUGAAGAACACAAUCUACUGCAAUGUGGAGCCAUCAGACUCCAACAUGCUUUGGGAGCCCGAGUUCAUGAUCGAGACCAUCGAGAACCCAUCCGCGCAGAACUUCACCUACACCAACCUGGGCAAAAGCCUCAAUGAGAACCCGGCCAACCGCUACAGCUUUGUGUGCAAUGCCCUCAUGCACGUGUGUGUAGGGCACCAUGACCCUGACCGCGUCAACGACAUUGCCAUCCUGUGCGCGGAGCUGACUGGCUACUGCAAGUCACUAAGCGCUGAGUGGCUGGGCGUGCUCAAGGCUCUGUGCUGCUCCUCCAACAAUGGCACUUGUGGCUUCAACGAUCUCCUCUGCAACGUCGACGUCAGCGACUUGUCCUUCCACGAUUCCUUGGCCACCUUUGUUGCCAUUCUUAUUGCUCGUCAGUGCUUGCUGCUGGAGGACCUGAUCCGCUGUGCAGCCAUCCCCUCACUCCUCAAUGCUGCCUGCAGUGAACAGGACUCUGAGCCAGGGGCCCGUCUGACCUGCCGGAUCUUGCUCCACCUGUUUAAGACACCGCAGCUGAACCCAUGCCAGCAGGAUGGCAACAAGUCCACGGUGGGCAUCCGGUCCUCCUGUGACCGCCACUUGCUGGCAGCCUCCCAGAACCGCAUCGUGGAUGGAGCAGUCUUCGCGGUGCUGAAAGCUGUGUUUGUGCUGGGGGAUGCGGAGCUGAAAGGCUCCGGCUUCUCCCACCCAGGAGGGGUAGAUGACCUCAUGGAUGAUGAGCUUGGUGCCAAGAAGCCUGGUGGCCGGGCAGUGUCCAUAGAGACAGCCAGCCUGGAUGUGUAUGCCAAGUACGUCCUGAGGAGCAUCUGCCAGCAGGAGUGGGUGGGUGAGCGGUGCCUAAAGUCCCUGUGUGAGGACAGCAACGAUCUGCAGGACCCAGUUUUGAGCAGCAUCCAGGCUCAGCGGCUGAUGCAGCUCAUCUGCUACCCGCACCGGCUGCUGGACAGCGAAGAGGGUGAGAACCCGCAGCGGCAGAGGAUCAAGCGCAUCCUACAGAACCUGGACCAGUGGACAAUGCGGCAGUCCUCGCUGGAGCUGCAGCUCAUGAUCAAGCAGACAGCCAACAACGAGAUGAACUCCCUGCUGGAGAACAUUGCCAAGGCCACCAUAGAGGUGUUCCAGCAGUCAGCAGAGACCAGCUCUGGCAGCUCCACGGGCAAUGCAGCCGGCAGCCUGGGCAGCUCUGCCAGCACUGCGCCUGCCAGCACCAAGUCCAAGGCCAUCCUCAGCUCCCUGGAGAGGUCGGGUGUGUGGCUGGUGGCCCCUCUCAUUGCCAAGUUGCCCACGUCGGUGCAGGGGCACGUGCUGAAAGCCGCAGGGGAGGAGCUGGAGAAGGGACAGCACCUGGGAUCCUCAUCCCGCAAGGAGCGGGAUCGUCAGAAGCAGAAGAGCAUGUCCCUGCUGAGCCAGCAACCCUUCCUGUCGCUGGUGCUGACAUGCCUGAAGGGGCAGGAUGAGCAGCGGGAAGGCCUUCUCACCUCACUCUACAGCCAGGUGCAGCAGAUUGUCACGAACUGGCGGGAGGAUCAGUACCAGGAUGACUGCAAAGCCAAGCAGCUGAUGCACGAGGCCCUGAAACUGCGACUGAACCUGGUGGGGGGCAUGUUUGACACGGUUCAGCGCAGCACGCAGCAGACAACAGAGUGGGCCGUGCUCCUCCUUGACAUCAUUAGCAGUGGCACUGUGGACAUGCAGUCAAACAACGAGCUCUUCACCACGGUGCUGGACAUGCUGAGCGUCCUCAUUAACGGCACCCUGGCGGCAGACAUGUCCAGCAUCUCCCAGGGCAGCAUGGAAGAGAACAAGCGGGCGUACAUGAACCUGGUCAAGAAACUCCGGAAGGAGCUGGGGGACCGGCAGUCCGACAGCUUGGAGAAGGUGCGGCAGCUGCUCCCCCUGCCCAAGCAGACGCGUGAUGUCAUCACAUGUGAGCCGCAGGGUUCCCUCAUUGAUACCAAGGGCAACAAGAUCGCCGGGUUUGACUCCAUCUUCAAGAAGGAGGGCUUGCAGGUCUCCACAAAGCAGAAGAUUUCCCCCUGGGACCUGUUUGAGGGCCUGAAGCACUCAGCUCCCCUGUCCUGGGGUUGGUUUGGCACCGUGCGGGUAGAUCGCAAGGUGUCCAGGUUUGAGGAGCAGCAGAGGCUCCUGCUGUAUCACACACACCUGAAGCCCAAGCCCCGCAGCUACUACCUAGAGCCACUGCCACUGCCCCCUGAGGAGGAGGAGCCCCCCACACCCGUGACUCUGGAGCCAGAGAAGAAGGCCGUUGAGCCAGUUAAAGCCGACAAAGCCAGCUCCAAUCCUGCUGCCUCCACAGAGGAGCGUAAGAAGAAACAGAAAAGCAAAAAGCGCAACCAAUCUGCUAACAAAAGCGAGGAUUUCAUGCUGGGCCCCGGGCGGGUCCCCUAUGGCGUUGGCAUGCCCACUGACCUCCUGCACCACCAGGCAGGGAGCUCCAUGUCCCGACUUGCCUACGGGCAGUCACCAGUGGGGCUCUACGCCCAGAACCAGCCUCUGCCAGCGGGGGGCCCUCGGCUGGACACCUCCUACCGGCCGGUGCGGAUGCCCCUGGGGAAGCUGGUGCAGAGCCGGACCUCAUACAGCGCAGUGCUGCCCUCUGCCAUGGGCAGCAUGAUGGGGAUUGACCCUUCCUACAAGCCAACAGCUUAUAGGCAGCAGCCGCCAGUGCCCCAGGGGCAGCUGCUGCGCCAACAGCUCCAAGCCAAGCUGCAGGGCCAGGGGAUCCUGGGGCAGCCACAGGUGCGCCCGAUGGCCCCCACCCCAUCCUAUGGAGCCCUCCAGCCCUCCCAGGGGUACACACCUUAUGUCUCACACAUCGGCCUCCAGCAGCACCCCUCACAGUCCGGCACCAUGGUGCCACCUGCCUACUCCAACCCACCCUACCAGAACUCCCACCCUGGCUCGACCCCAGCCCUUGUGGACCCCAUUCGCCAGAUGCAGCAGAGGCCAAGUGGCUAUGUGCACCAGCAGGCCCCUGGCUAUGGGCACGCCCUGAGCAGCACGCAGAGGUUUCCACACCAGUCACUGCAGCAGGCACCCAUGAUGGGCGGCAUGAACCACAUGAGCACACAAGGGGUCCCCACCGGGAUCCGGCCCAGCCAGAUGCUCCCCGACCAGCAGCAGCAGCAGCAGUACCUGAGGCAGCAGCAGCAGCAGAUGCUGCGGGUGAGUGGGGCCCACUGCGCCAUCCUUCCUUUCCUCAUCACCGGGAAGCCAGAUCAGCCGCAGCAGCAGCCACAGCAGCCGCAGCAGCAGCCACAGCCACAGCCGCAGCCACAGGUGCCACCAGUGGCUCAGCCACAGGCACAGGGCCAGCCCCCGGGGCUGGGGAUGCAGGCACUACCUCCUCAGCAGCCCAUUUUCCAGCGCCAAGGCCUCCAGCAGACACAGCAACAGCAGCAGACGGCUGCGCUGGUCCGACAGCUUCAGCAGCAGCUCUCCAAUACGCAGCCCCAGCAGAGCAACAACCCCUUCGGACGCUACUGAGCCACAGCCCUGGCUCGGGA